AUGCCGUACUUGUAUGGCGUGUACCCCGGUUCUGGCGGCAGGCAAUCGAUGAGCCCGAACUUGGCGCAAGGAUGUUGCGAUAGGGAGAAACCGGAUGAGGAGUGUGGGGUGGGUGGGUAGGUUGAGAAUUCCGAUGCUCUGCUGUCCAAGAAGAACGGGAACCAGCGGUGGUGCAUUGAAGAGUUUUCGGCAUGCGUCUCUACCGCAGCCCGUGUGCUGUCCUCCACCGAAAUAAUGCGUGCAGAACAUGGGGGAUGGAUGGUGUCGAGUGUUGCCUGCGUCGCCAGCAGGUGUUUGUGGGUGUCGUUCGAGUGGCCGUUGAUGUUUUCGUUGGCAACUGAGCUGCGUUGGCAUGGGCGGGGUUUGCUGAACCAACCAAACAUGAGGAUGGCAUUAGGAUAGCGAAAGUUGGUACGAACACACGUUCGAGAGUCAGUUGCAAGCCGCGGUGCCCAAUGUUGCGCACUCGUCAAGCUGUUUGGCAUGGUUGGAGCGUCCGUUAACUUGCUUCUAUCUUUUUUCUCUGGCCGGAGUUCCUGUUGGCGCGUGUUGGACACGGGCGCAACGAAAGGGGCUCAACCGACGGGGGAGGCAUGCAUAGGCCACAUUGCCGACGGGAGACUGUAAUGGAGCAACUAGUGUGUGAGCAUUGUACGAGCGUUUCAUGAACGUUGCAUGAGCGUUUAUUGGAUAUCUUGAGUUUUCUUGAUAUGGAUAGUUGGCGUCGUCGAGGGGUAUUGAAAUAGCUUG